AUGGGCGGAUGGGUCUCGUCCACAGUGAAUCGAUACAGAAAGGACAGACCCGAGGUGGCUGAUAUGCAUGCCUCACGUUUGCAACUGAAAGCACUGAUGGAAUUCGAACGAAUGGCCAGUCGCUUCGUGUGGGCCAUUGCUCGACUACAUCCUAUUUUGCAACCAGGUUCCGACGAUCGAGGUUCGGAAGCAUGGAGUAACUAUUACGUGCAUGAGGAUAGCACUGGGGUGGAGGACGAGAUCAAACAGUUGGACAUGCUAAGACGGUGUUUGGCAUCCCUCUUACGACAACUGAGAAUUGAUUUCGAUGAUGCAAUCGGGUCGAGUUAUAAGAAUGAGGCAAAUGACUGGGACUGUCAGGUAUCGUCCAAUCAUAGCGAUUUCACAGCUGAUGAUUAA